UUCAGGCGCCGCGGGGACGCCUUACGCACCAGCCGGCUUGGCUCGGCGCGGGAGCGCGCACGCCGCUGGUCUCCAGGCCGUGGAGGGGGCGGAGCGGGACGUCAGGGAGCGCACACGUAUUCUGUCUGCGGUGCGCGUGCCGGUCGGCGCGUCGGUCGGGGGCGCGCUCGGGUAACCUGUACCCCACGUAGUCGCCGGUUACCGAUCGGACUUAAGUUCCAGUGGUGGUUUAUAAGUCAAGUCAAAAUGUCCCCAGAAGUUGCCUUGAACCGGAUUUCUCCAAUGCUGUCACCGUUCAUCUCUAGCGUUGUCCGCAAUGGAAAAGUGGGACUGGAUGCCACAAAUUGUUUGAGGAUAACAGACUUGAAAUCUGGAUGCAUAUCAUUGACUCCCGGACCCAACUGUGACCGAUUCAAACUCCACAUACCAUAUGCUGGCGAGACAUUAAAGUGGGAUAUAAUUUUCAAUGCCCAGUAUCCAGAGCUGCCCCCUGAUUUUAUCUUUGGAGAGGAUGCUGAAUUCCUUCCAGACCCCUCUGCUCUGCACAACCUCGCCUCCUGGAACCCUGCAAAUCCAGAGUGCCUAUUGCUUGUGGUAAAGGAACUUGUGCAACAGUAUCACCAGUUCCAAUGCAGCCGCCUUCGUGAGAGCUCACGCCUCAUGUUUGAGUACCAAACACUACUGGAAGAGCCUCAGUAUGGAGAGAACAUGGAAAUUUAUGCUGGGAAGAAGAACAACUGGACUGGUGAAUUUUCAGCUCGAUUUCUUUUGAAGUUGCCAGUGGAUUUCAGCAAUAUUCCCACAUAUCUUCUCAAGGAUGUAAAUGAAGAUCCUGGAGAAGAUGUGGCCCUCCUUUCUGUCAGUUUUGAGGACACUGAAGCUACCCAGGUGUACCCCAAGCUGUACUUGUCACCCCGAAUUGAGCAUGCCCUGGGAGGCUCCUCAGCUCUUCAUAUUCCUGCUUUUCCAGGAGGAGGAUGUCUCAUUGACUAUGUUCCUCAAAUUUGCCACCUGCUCACCAACAAGGUGCAGUAUGUGAUUCAAGGAUAUCACAAAAGAAGAGAGUAUAUUGCUGCUUUCCUCAGUCACUUUGGCACAGGUGUCGUGGAAUAUGAUGCAGAAGGCUUUACAAAACUCACUCUGCUGCUCAUGUGGAAAGACUUUUGUUUUCUUGUACACAUUGACCUGCCCCUGUUUUUUCCUCGAGAUCAGCCGACUCUCACAUUUCAGUCCGUCUAUCACUUUACUAACAGCGGACAGCUUUACUCCCAGGCCCAAAAAAAUUAUCCAUACAGCCCCAGAUGGGAUGGAAAUGAAAUGGCCAAAAGAGCAAAGGCUUAUUUCAAAACCUUUGUCCCGCAGUUCCAGGAGGCCGCGUUUGCCAAUGGAAAGCUCUAGGAAACACCAGUGUUGAGAGGUAGCCAGCCAGACUACCCAGGUCCACACACAUGUGAGCACACGGCGCUUCCUGGAAGCCGUUUGGAAUGUCUUCAUGAUAUCGUUUUGCUCACGCAGCAGCUGUGCACGCCCCAGACAGCCCCGCUGUGUUGGAGCCCAAACUACAGCUGAAUCCUCACACCCCUCACUGCUGGUUGCUCCCUCCUUUCCUUCUUAUAUUUCUUAGCUGGAAGAAAUAAACUCACACACCAGGAUGCAGUAAUUUUCCAGGGAAAAGUAAGAUGUCAUAAACGCACACA